GAGAGAAGCAUGGCGCACUCCGUGCAGGCGAGGAUGCAUCCGUCUGAGGGAUGCAAGGAAAUGGCUAGAGGUCUUGACACCGUCGGGAAAAAGCGGCGUGUUUUCAGGAAAGACGGCUCACUUUUUUGCCCCUGCUAGGGUCAAUGAAAUCGCCUGCUUUGAUAGUCACGCCAGUGACCUGGAUCACCUCAAGUUGAUGCCACCCUCUCAGCACGCAUCGACGGCCCCUUCGCAAGGAGCUCAAAACACUUGAAACCUAACGCAAUGACCUUCUGAGAAACCCCAAUCGUCACAGUAUUCGAUCUGUCGCGUCCCAUUGGAGACCAUCGCUGUGGUAUUCGGCUGUACAGUGGGAGUCUAAGCAUAACUCACAAGCCACGUCGUGAAUCGGCUUUCCGCGCGCAUGCGCCGCAGAUCACGCGAUAUCGCGCUGGCUGCAGACCCAUAUCUGUAUGCUGUGGUCAUGCCUCCGUUUGUUCCCCGGCCUUGCCAUCGAGAUUCGCCGGCGCUGUGUGGUGUGCUGCGCGCUAGUCGUCCCAGACUGGUGUAUCCGGGACUUGC